AUGUCCGAAAUGUGGGAAGAUUUAAGAAAACGUGCGAGAUCAACAGAAAACUCGAUAGAUGUGAAGCUAGUGUCUUUGAAUAAGUUGAAUUCUCAUACAGGACACGAGAAAAGCAUGAACAGUAGGCAAACCGUAUUUGAUACUCUCACGGAGGAAAUAGAUGCCUUACUUGUUAAACUGGGAAACAUCAAUGACGAAAUGAAUGAUGUAGUUGGUGCUCAGAGCUCUGUGGGGUGGGCCCAGAGUGCUCCCGUUCAACAUACCUUACGUCGCCAUCGUGAGAUAUUGAGGGAUUAUGGGAUAGAAUUCAGAAGAGCAAAGGAUAAUGUAUUUCAACAGUUGCAGAGGGAUUCCCUUCUAGCUAGUUCCAAUGAGGGUUCUUGUCUGAAUAAUCGCAUGAAGACAUCAGAUUUAUACCUGAAAGAGAGUGAACACAUCUCCAGUUGUGCUAUUCUGCUUGAUGAACAAAUGGAAAUAGCCAUGACAACAAAAGAGAAUUUAACACGUCAAAGCAAUAGUAUGCGUGGAAUCACGAAGAAGAUGCGUGAUAUCUCUCAUAAAUAUCCUAUGCUCAAUAAUAUUAUGCAGAAGAUUCAGCAUAAGAAGAAGAAAGACACAGUAAUAAUGGCCGUCGUGAUAUCAUUGUGUCUGAUAUUUACGAUUUAUUACUUGAUUCAUUAA